AUGGGAAUUCUCGCCACUUCGAUUACAAACAACUCCAUCAUUAGACCCGCGGGAUUUUACGUUAUCGGAUUUACGUAUUUCAAAUUUGCUGAUUUAUAUGUCAUUUUCCUCGGCUUCAUUUAUAUUCUAACGGUUUUGUGCAACUCCUUUAUCGUUAGCGUCAUAUGGAUAAACCACAUGUACACUCCAAAGUACAUUGCGGUGGCUAAUUUAGGGGUUAUCGACUUGGUGCUCAGUUCAAGCAUUAUUCCUAGUACCGUCAGCACGGUGCUCACGAAAGAUACCUUUAUGUCCUACAAUGCAUGUGUGGGACAGAUUUUCUUUUAUUACGGUUUUCUCGGACUAGAGUCAUGCUCCCUCAUUGUUCUUGCCUACGACAGGUUAAUUGCGAUAUGUUUCCCACUUAGACAUAAUUCUAUCAACACUCCCACAAGGAUGAUGUGUAUUUUAGCGAUUGUUUGGACGUAUAUUGUAAGCAUCGUGUUGUUCUUGAUCUUGAUAUUGACAAAACUGUCUUUCUGUGACUCACUCACUGUGGACGACUUUUUUUGCAAUUACGCGGCUCUCAUAAGACUAUCGUGCAAUGAUGCCACACUGCAGUGGACCGCUGGCUCUUCUCUAAGUAUGCUGGUUUUCUUUGUGCCCUUUGGUUUAAUCGUGAUCUCGUACGCCUGCAUUUUGGCAGCUGUAUUUAGAAUGAAAAGUGUGGCGAGCAGAUACAAAGCACUAGCAACUUGCACAGAGCAUCUCGUCCUGGUCGCGAUUUUCUUCGUGCCGCUCAUAGUGCUGAACAUCAUCGAACAAUUCAUCUUCCACGCUGGUCCUGAUGUCAGAAUGCUGAGCUUGUCGUUAUCGUCAUGCAUCCCGACCUGUCUGAAUCCCAUUGUGUAUUCAUUGGCAACCAAAGAAAUCAGGAACAGAAUACUUGCCAUGCUCCACAAAGUGAAGGUAACAGCCUGGGCAGGGCAGGCGAAGACCAAAAUGUCGCAAUAA